ACAACAACAAUAACACCAGAGCCUCCAUGUUCAGGGAGAUGGUCAGAAUGGAUGAACACGAUGAAACCAACUUCUGUAAAUGAUGGGGAUUUUGAGUCAGUAAACAACUCCACAUGUACUAAUGGAAUUGAAAACAUUCAGUGCCAAUCUACUACAACUGGUUCUGCUGUGCAAAAAGUGACAUGUGACAAAGACAAAGGGUUAAUUUGUUAUAAUAGAGAGCAAAAUAAUAAUCAGUGUAAUGAUUAUAAGAUAAGAAUUUGUUGUGCUGCCAUUACUCCUUCAACAACUACGACAACUGGACCUGAAACCACAACACCACCACCACCAACAACAACAGCAACGACAACAACAACAACAUCAAUAACAACGGAAACCACAAUACGAACACCACCACCAACAACAACAACAAUAACACCAGAGCCUCCAUGUUCAGGGAGAUGGUCAGAAUGGAUGAACACGAUGAAACCAACUUCUGUAAAUGAUGGGGAUUUUGAGUCAGUAAACAACUCCACAUGUACUAAUGGAAUUGAAAACAUUCAGUGCCAAUCUACUACAACUGGUUCUGCUGUGCAAAAAGUGACAUGUGACAAAGACAAAGGGUUAAUUUGUUAUAAUAGAGAGCAAAAUAAUAAUCAGUGUAAUGAUUAUAAGAUAAGAAUUUGUUGUGCUGCCAUUACUCCUUCAACAACUACGACAACUGGACCUGAAACCACAACACCACAUGAAACCACAACACCACAUGAAACCACAACACCACCACCACCAACAACAACAGCAACAACAACAACAACAUCAAUAACAACGGAAACCACAAUACGAACACCACCACCACCACCACCACCAACAACAACAAUAACACCAGAGCCUCCAUGUUCAGGGAGAUGGUCAGAAUGGAUGAACACGAUGAAACCAACUUCUGUAAAUGAUGGGGAUUUUGAGUCAGUAAACAACUCCACAUGUACUAAUGGAAUUGAAAACAUUCAGUGCCAAUCUACUACAACUGGUUCUGCUGUGCAAAAAGUGACAUGUGACAAAGACAAAGGGUUAAUUUGUUAUAAUAGAGAGCAAAAUAAUAAUCAGUGUAAUGAUUAUAAGAUAAGAAUUUGUUGUGCUGCCAUUACUCCUUCAACAACUACGACAACUGGACCUGAAACCACAACACCACAUGAAACCACAACACCACAUGAAACCACAACACCACCACCACCAACAACAACAGCAACAACAACAACAACAUCAAUAACAACGGAAACCACAAUACGAACACCACCACCACCACCACCACCAACAACAACAAUAACACCAGAGCCUCCAUGUUCAGGGAGAUGGUCAGAAUGGAUGAACACGAUGAAACCAACUUCUGUAAAUGAUGGGGAUUUUGAGUCAGUAAACAACUCCACAUGUACUAAUGGAAUUGAAAACAUUCAGUGCCAAUCUACUACAACUGGUUCUGCUGUGCAAAAAGUGACAUGUGACAAAGACAAAGGGUUAAUUUGUUAUAAUAGAGAGCAAAAUAAUAAUCAGUGUAAUGAUUAUAAGAUAAGAAUUUGUUGUGCUGCCAUUACUCCUUCAACAACUACGACAACUGGACCUGAAACCACAACACCACAUGAAACCACAACACCACAUGAAACCACAACACCACCACCACCAACAACAACAGCAACAACAACAACAACAUCAAUAACAACGGAAACCACAAUACGAACACCACCACCACCACCACCACCAACAACAACAAUAACACCAGAGCCUCCAUGUUCAGGGAGAUGGUCAGAAUGGAUGAACACGAUGAAACCAACUUCUGUAAAUGAUGGGGAUUUUGAGUCAGUAAACAACUCCACAUGUACUAAUGGAAUUGAAAACAUUCAGUGCCAAUCUACUACAACUGGUUCUGCUGUGCAAAAAGUGACAUGUGACAAAGACAAAGGGUUAAUUUGUUAUAAUAGAGAGCAAAAUAAUAAUCAGUGUAAUGAUUAUAAGAUAAGAAUUUGUUGUGCUGCCAUUACUCCUUCAACAACUACGACAACUGGACCUGAAACCACAACACCACAUGAAACCACAACACCACCACCACCAACAACAACAGCAACGACAACAACAACAACAUCAAUAACAACGGAAACCACAAUACGAACACCACCACCAACAACAACAACAAUAACACCAGAGCCUCCAUGUUCAGGGAGAUGGUCAGAAUGGAUGAACACGAUGAAACCAACUUCUGUAAAUGAUGGGGAUUUUGAGUCAGUAAACAACUCCACAUGUACUAAUGGAAUUGAAAACAUUCAGUGCCAAUCUACUACAACUGGUUCUGCUGUGCAAAAAGUGACAUGUGACAAAGACAAAGGGUUAAUUUGUUAUAAUAGAGAGCAAAAUAAUAAUCAGUGUAAUGAUUAUAAGAUAAGAAUUUGUUGUGCUGCCAUUACUCCUUCAACAACUACGACAACUGGACCUGAAACCACAACACCACAUGAAACCACAACACCACCACCACCAACAACAACAGCAACGACAACAACAACAACAUCAAUAACAACGGAAACCACAAUACGAACACCACCACCAACAACAACAACAAUAACACCAGAGCCUCCAUGUUCAGGGAGAUGGUCAGAAUGGAUGAACACGAUGAAACCAACUUCUGUAAAUGAUGGGGAUUUUGAGUCAGUAAACAACUCCACAUGUACUAAUGGAAUUGAAAACAUUCAGUGCCAAUCUACUACAACUGGUUCUGCUGUGCAAAAAGUGACAUGUGACAAAGACAAAGGGUUAAUUUGUUAUAAUAGAGAGCAAAAUAAUAAUCAGUGUAAUGAUUAUAAGAUAAGAAUUUGUUGUGCUGCCAUUACUCCUUCAACAACUACGACAACUGGACCUGAAACCACAACACCACAUGAAACCACAACACCACCACCACCAACAACAACAGCAACGACAACAACAACAACAUCAAUAACAACGGAAACCACAAUACGAACACCACCACCAACAACAACAACAAUAACACCAGAGCCUCCAUGUUCAGGGAGAUGGUCAGAAUGGAUGAACACGAUGAAACCAACUUCUGUAAAUGAUGGGGAUUUUGAGUCAGUAAACAACUCCACAUGUACUAAUGGAAUUGAAAACAUUCAGUGCCAAUCUACUACAACUGGUUCUGCUGUGCAAAAAGUGACAUGUGACAAAGACAAAGGGUUAAUUUGUUAUAAUAGAGAGCAAAAUAAUAAUCAGUGUAAUGAUUAUAAGAUAAGAAUUUGUUGUGCUGCCAUUACUCCUUCAACAACUACGACAACUGGACCUGAAACCACAACACCACAUGAAACCACAACACCACAUGAAACCACAACACCACCACCACCAACAACAACAGCAACAACAACAACAACAUCAAUAACAACGGAAACCACAAUACGAACACCACCACCACCACCACCACCAACAACAACAAUAACACCAGAGCCUCCAUGUUCAGGGAGAUGGUCAGAAUGGAUGAACACGAUGAAACCAACUUCUGUAAAUGAUGGGGAUUUUGAGUCAGUAAACAACUCCACAUGUACUAAUGGAAUUGAAAACAUUCAGUGCCAAUCUACUACAACUGGUUCUGCUGUGCAAAAAGUGACAUGUGACAAAGACAAAGGGUUAAUUUGUUAUAAUAGAGAGCAAAAUAAUAAUCAGUGUAAUGAUUAUAAGAUAAGAAUUUGUUGUGCUGCCAUUACUCCUUCAACAACUACGACAACUGGACCUGAAACCACAACACCACAUGAAACCACAACACCACCACCACCAACAACAACAGCAACGACAACAACAACAACAUCAAUAACAACGGAAACCACAAUACGAACACCACCACCAACAACAACAACAAUAACACCAGAGCCUCCAUGUUCAGGGAGAUGGUCAGAAUGGAUGAACACGAUGAAACCAACUUCUGUAAAUGAUGGGGAUUUUGAGUCAGUAAACAACUCCACAUGUACUAAUGGAAUUGAAAACAUUCAGUGCCAAUCUACUACAACUGGUUCUGCUGUGCAAAAAGUGACAUGUGACAAAGACAAAGGGUUAAUUUGUUAUAAUAGAGAGCAAAAUAAUAAUCAGUGUAAUGAUUAUAAGAUAAGAAUUUGUUGUGCUGCCAUUACUCCUUCAACAACUACGACAACUGGACCUGAAACCACAACACCACAUGAAACCACAACACCACCACCACCAACAACAACAGCAACGACAACAACAACAACAUCAAUAACAACGGAAACCACAAUACGAACACCACCACCAACAACAACAACAAUAACACCAGAGCCUCCAUGUUCAGGGAGAUGGUCAGAAUGGAUGAACACGAUGAAACCAACUUCUGUAAAUGAUGGGGAUUUUGAGUCAGUAAACAACUCCACAUGUACUAAUGGAAUUGAAAACAUUCAGUGCCAAUCUACUACAACUGGUUCUGCUGUGCAAAAAGUGACAUGUGACAAAGACAAAGGGUUAAUUUGUUAUAAUAGAGAGCAAAAUAAUAAUCAGUGUAAUGAUUAUAAGAUAAGAAUUUGUUGUGCUGCCAUUACUCCUUCAACAACUACGACAACUGGACCUGAAACCACAACACCACAUGAAACCACAACACCACCACCACCAACAACAACAGCAACGACAACAACAACAACAUCAAUAACAACGGAAACCACAAUACGAACACCACCACCAACAACAACAACAAUAACACCAGAGCCUCCAUGUUCAGGGAGAUGGUCAGAAUGGAUGAACACGAUGAAACCAACUUCUGUAAAUGAUGGGGAUUUUGAGUCAGUAAACAACUCCACAUGUACUAAUGGAAUUGAAAACAUUCAGUGCCAAUCUACUACAACUGGUUCUGCUGUGCAAAAAGUGACAUGUGACAAAGACAAAGGGUUAAUUUGUUAUAAUAGAGAGCAAAAUAAUAAUCAGUGUAAUGAUUAUAAGAUAAGAAUUUGUUGUGCUGCCAUUACUCCUUCAACAACUACGACAACUGGACCUGAAACCACAACACCACAUGAAACCACAACACCACAUGAAACCACAACACCACCACCACCAACAACAACAGCAACAACAACAACAACAUCAAUAACAACGGAAACCACAAUACGAACACCACCACCACCACCACCACCAACAACAACAAUAACACCAGAGCCUCCAUGUUCAGGGAGAUGGUCAGAAUGGAUGAACACGAUGAAACCAACUUCUGUAAAUGAUGGGGAUUUUGAGUCAGUAAACAACUCCACAUGUACUAAUGGAAUUGAAAACAUUCAGUGCCAAUCUACUACAACUGGUUCUGCUGUGCAAAAAGUGACAUGUGACAAAGACAAAGGGUUAAUUUGUUAUAAUAGAGAGCAAAAUAAUAAUCAGUGUAAUGAUUAUAAGAUAAGAAUUUGUUGUGCUGCCAUUACUCCUUCAACAACUACGACAACUGGACCUGAAAUCACAACACCAUAUGAAACCACAACACCGCCACCACCAACAACAACAGCAACGACAACAACAACAACAUCAAUAACAACGGAAACCACAAUACGAACACCACCACCAACAACAACAACAAUAACACCAGCGUCAACAACAACAUCAACAAUACCUCCUCCUACACCCUGUUAUUGCAUCGCCCCCAGUGGAAUUACAUAUAAGUGCGGUGACAACUGGUCUGUGCCUUGUUUCAACUAUACAUGCACAAAUAAUCACAUUAUUGAAAGUCAUGAAUGCCUGAUACAGUCCAAACCUACGUGUCAGAAUGAUGUAGUGCCUAGACUGGUCGAGGAUGGUUGUUGUAAAAAAUGGGACUGUGACUGUCAAUGUGAAGUAUAUGGAGAUCCUCAUUAUAAAACCUUUAGUGGGACAGCGUAUACCUUCUUGGAGAACUGCACCUAUACCCUUGUUGAAGAAAAGGCUCCAAUACAUAAUUUUUCAGUUGCAGUUGACAAUUAUAAUUGUAUUCCGGGUUACAAAGCAUCUUGUGCCAGAGGCCUUAUAUUAAAAUAUAAAAGCAAUAUUGUGACACUCAGCAUAGUGAAUUAUAAAAUUGUGUCUAAGUUCAACAAUAUGCAGGUGAAUUUUCCCUAUGAAAAUGAUGGAAUUCAGCUGGAGUCAACAGGGACUUUAGUAAAAGUCUUUAUUCCUGCAAUUCAAACUAGGGUAUCCCUAGCGAGUUACAAUGAAAUCAAUAUCAGAGUGCCAAGGAGUAUUUUUGAGAACAAUACACAAGGACAGUGUGGUGUGUGCGGUGGAGCAUCCUGUAUCCGUAAAGAUGGGAGGAAUGAAAUUGAUUCCUGCUGUGACAAGACUGCCUCUGACUGGAUAUACGACGAUGCCAGUAAACCAUACUGCAAGUCAGCCCCCAAAAACGUGCCUUGCAGUGAACCCCCUCCCACUCCACCCCCAUGCUCUUCAAAACCAACGAAAAAUAAUACCAUUUUAUGUUGGCUACUCAGCAGUAGUAUUUUUGCCGAAUGUCGAAAACAAGUAAGUCUUUCAGACUAUGAAGCGGCCUGCCAAUAUGAUCACUGCAUGUUAAACAAUACAAAACUGGACUGUUCAAGUAUAGCACGAGCUGCAGAGCGUUGUAUGGAAAAUAAUAUCUGUGUGGAAUGGACUAAACAUACAAAUGGGAUAUGUGAUCAAAACUGCUCCGAGGGAUUGGUUUAUGGUGCAUGUCGCAAAGGGAUGGAUGAUUACUGCCAGGCAGGAGAGCGUAAAUCUGGACACGACUUGGGAGAAAUGACAUCUGGAUGCUUCUGCCCUGAUGGUCUAAUUCGUGCUGAUAAAAACAGUGCUAAAUGUAUUCGAAACUGCACCUACUGCAAAGGACCAAAUGGAGAGCACAGAGAGAUUGGAGAGACAUGGAAAUACAAUUGCAAAAAUUGCACAUGUAGCAAAAGCACACUGAUGGAAGAAUGUGUUGGUGAGGAGCGUGUAACACCAUCCUGUGAGGAUUAUCAAACUCUGGUAGUCAACAAUGCAACUGAUUCCUGUGAAAUUCCACAUUGUGUCAAUAUAACCUGUGAGCAUGGAGGGCAAACAUAUCAGAUUGGAGAUCAAUGGCGUGAUGCAAAACAGCCAUGCCAUUCUUACAGCUGUGUCAAGAGUGGCAUUAACGAGAAGAUUCAAGUGUGCCCUGCACAAAACUGCCUUGACAGCCAUAAAGUUUGGGACGACAACAAGUGCUGCUACACAUGUAAAGAAUCAUGUGUACCAAAGACCUCUAAUAAAACUAUACAGAUCGAAGAUUGUUCAGCAGUUGUGACAGUGACCGAAUGUGAAGGCCAAUGCCAAUCUGGAUCAAGCUUCUUUUUAAACACGGAUUCCAGUUCCGGAUCUAUGAUGACAAUUUGCAAGUGUUGCCAGCCAAAGACUGAAGAAAAAAGAAUUGCAACUUUGGCCUGCUCUGGAUCUAAUACCAGGCGUUUUGAGUACACUUAUGUAACAGGCUGUAACUGUGAGGACUGUCCUGGGAAAUAAUUUCCAAUUCAAAACAUUUCUCUUAUUGUAUUUCCAGUAACAAGCUGAUGAAGUUAAAUUACAAUGAAACUCUUUCUGGUGAUGGUAUUAUUAGGGCACCUCUGUUUACUUUAAACUAUUGAAAUCAAUAAAACUUCUUGC